AUGUACCCCCAGGAGGUUUUACCUGUUUCCCGCAAGAAUCGUGCCCCCAAGGGCAAUGUCGAGACGUUCCUCGCUCGAGUCGCUAAAACCAGGAAACAUCGAAGGUCUCAUGCAGAUGAGGACAUUUUCGCUUAUGAAGAAGAAAAACGACGACAAAAUGCCGGGUGUGCCGUCUCGUUAGACGAGUCUGAGAGCGACGACGACAGCCCUCCCUCGUCGAGAGCACCCGGCGCGGAUGAGAAAGACGAAGUGCCUUCCUCGGGGACAGGGAAACCCGUGGAAGACGGUCUUGUUCGGAAAGAAAAACCCGGUGUUGAGCACGUGGAAUCACCACCAGGAAAGCGUCCAGAAGAGCCUGGUGCACAGAGAGGGCGGGACAACCCGCGAGAGAAGCUGAGCGACGAGCUACUUCGGGACUGCGUCGAAUGCUUUAUGCUGCAUGAUGGUGAUAAAGAUGGUUUUGUUCCGAUUGACGAACUCCCAUGGAUGCUGCGCAAUCUGGGGCAGUUCUGGACAAAGAAGGAGUUGAAUGGCUUAACCGUGCGACUCCAGAUUGAAGGCGUCAGUCAACUGAAUGUGACAGACUUCAUCGAUAUCGUUGCAAGAGAGCAGGAUCGGAGGCAGCUGGACGUCGGCAAACUCCUCGAAGCGUUCCGGGUGAUGGACAGGCAAAAGAAGAACAGCGUGGUGCUCAGCGAACUGAAGCACUACAUGCAAGUAUUUGGGGAACGCAUGAGCGAAGACGACUGGAACACGCUGGUUGGCAUGAAAGUCGACGUCUGGGAAGGCUACCAGCCCUCUGCAAUCAAACGAGCAACCUUCAUUGAAAUGUUUUCUGGGAAAACCGAAGACAGUCUUUGA